CUGCAUGCAGCGGGACAGGCGUGAGGAGUCUCAGACAGGAGGGAGGGCUGACGGUGUGUCUUCAUCUCCCUGAGGACAGGCGGCCUUGAGGUGAACAAGAUGGCCUGGUGGAAAGCCUGGAUUGAACAGGAGGGUGUUGCGGUAAAGGGCAGCCCCCACUUCAACCCAGACCCUGACGCGGAGACCCUCUACAAAGCCAUGAAGGGGCUCGGGACCAACGAGCAGGCCAUCAUCGAUGUGCUCACGAGGAGAAGCAACGCGCAGCGGCAACAGAUAGCCAAGUCCUUCAAGGCUCAGUUCGGCCAGGAUCUCACCGAGACCUUGAAGUCGGAGCUGAGUGGCAAGUUUGAGAGGCUCAUCAUAGCCCUCAUGUAUCCACCGUACAGAUACGAAGCCAAGGAGCUAUACGACGCCAUGAAGGGCUUAGGAACAAAAGAGGGCGUCGUCAUUGAAAUCCUGGCUUCUCGGACCAAGAACCAGCUGCGGGAGAUAAUGAAGGCCUAUGAGGAGGACUAUGGGUCCAGCCUGGAGGAAGACAUCCAAGCAGACACCAGCGGCUACCUGGAGAGGAUCCUGGUGUGCCUUCUGCAGGGCAGCAGGGAUGAUGUGAGCGGCUUUGUGGACCCAGGACUGGCCCUCCAAGAUGCACAGGAUCUGUAUGCAGCAGGCGAGAAGAUUCGCGGGACUGAUGAGAUGAAAUUCAUCACCAUCCUGUGCACGCGCAGCGCCACACACCUGAUGAGAGUGUUUGAGGAAUAUGAGAAAAUCGCCAACAAGAGCAUUGAGGACAGCAUCAAGAGUGAGACCCACGGCUCGCUGGAGGAGGCCAUGCUCACCGUGGUGAAAUGCACCCGGAACCUCCACAGCUACUUUGCGGAGCGACUUUACUACGCCAUGAAGGGAGCAGGGACGCGUGAUGGAACCCUGAUAAGAAACAUUGUUUCGAGGAGCGAGAUUGACUUAAAUUUUAUCAUGUGUCAGUUCGAGAAGAUGUAUGGCAAGACCCUCAGCAGCAUGAUCAUGGAAGACACCAGUGGAGACUACAAGAAUGCCCUGCUGAACCUAGUGGGCAGCAACCCUUGAAGCCUCAGAGGACGAGAACAAAGGCCAAGAAGACACAGCCACCAAGCCCUGCUUGCUCAACCUUGGCCAUGGAUGGGG